AUGCUAAACUACACUUACGUGGAGAAGGGUGUAACUGCCCCGUUAUCAUGUGAUGUUUCAUCGAAGAGUCAGCUUAGUAGUAGUAGCGCGGACGGCCUUCAGUGUGUUAUGGACGCAUCAGCGGGAAAUGGAGACUGUUCGAGAGUCUUCGUGGAGGCACCAACGUGUCGUAGUGGACCCCCGGCACUUAUAGGCGGUCCCAUACCAAGUUUUCAGAAACAUCAACCGCAACAGAAACAACCAUCGCAAUCGCAGCGCCCAUGGCUAAUGAAAAUUGCUCAAAGGGCCCCGUGCGUUGCCGCAUCGCCGGGGUCCGCUGAGUCCUCAAUGGUAUCUGGUCAGCAGGUACAUCGGUGGGGUCAAUUUGGGGAAGGUCCGCGCCCGGUGCCGCAGCCGCCACAACCGCUUCCCCUUCCAGAUGCAACUUCGUUUGUGGAUAUGUCAAUGGAAAAUUGUGUGCAAAAUCCUUCUCAGCAGCGGGUGGGUCCGUUCCAUCAGGUUCCUCCAUUUGUUGGUAUGCCCCCACCAGGUUGUGGAGGGUUGGUUCCACCGCUUUUGGCGCCGGCCAUGUUAGGUACAAGUGGCAAUGGUCACAACCACCAGUGGCGAUCAACCCCGCGUCAUUACGGCUACCUGUCACGAUCAGCCCCAACUGCCAUAGCAACUGGUCCUUCCACCAACGAUGACGCCUACAUAUACCACCAAAUUCGUCAGCAGAUGGAUGAGCAGAACCGCUAUAGAGAGCACCAGCAGCAGCAGCAACAUCGUUAUCAUCAACCACACCAGGUCUAUCACAAUUUUCACCACAAUAGUCACCACCAACAGUGUUUUGGGGGCACAAUAAAUCCAUCUCCUCCAACGUUCUUCUACGGGGAAGCUCCACGCACCGACGAGCGUGUGAUGCUUCCCUCGGACUCCGCGGUGAGUGGAGGUAAUAAGGGCAUCAUUCCAUCAUACGUUGACGGGAGGAGGUGUGAUACUGGUGACGGCUCCACUUCUAGGGAAACUCCUCCUUUUUUCGUUGAGGGAAGCAUGCGGGGACCAGGGGUUGGUCAGGAGGAUUGUUCUGAUGCUCUGGAUCGAAGUGUGGAAACAGAAAAAAGUGUUGCGGGCCCACCUGGAGAUUCUAGGUAUCUGAAUGAAAGAAGAAAUAGUCAUGGUAAAAAUUCCAACGACGGAAGCAGGGAAAACAAUAGGACGUUUGGGGGGACAAAACAUUGUUCGCUGGACGAAGGUGGUCACCGGGGACUUCCCCUACACCCAAACGACGCUGGGAAACGGUGUAACCAAAAUGCAUGUCAAUAUAAGAGUGAUGGUUUGUUCCCUCUGGGUGAAAACGGCGGACAGGGUGAGUCGUAUGCCUCUACCAAGAUAAACACUACGGAGAAAACUAACAAGUUACCUGGGAAGGUAGAUGAACAGGGAGCCGCAGGGUGCGAAGUUACUGCUGGGCAAAAAACAAGUCAAACCGAUCAAGGGAAACCGAAGGCAAGGGAGGGAAAUCUAUGUAUCUCUUGCAAUCAAGAGUUGAAACCACCAGCGCUAACAAUGCUUGGUGAUCACGGUCACGACACGGAAAUGUUGCACAAUCAGAGGCAGCCGUAUGGGGAGCCAACAAACCUAUUCGGACAUACGCCGACGGGUGUGUCUCCCACUUGUGGGCCUCCCGCAGCAGAAGCAUUGGGGACGAAGCAUCACCAAGGAUGCUCACACAAGUCUCCGACAGCACACCGAGCAUCGCAGUGGGAACCCGUACCCCCUAAAGAUUUGCAGCACUAUCGGUCAAAUAUAGCAGUGGGCAUCGCUUAUCAGGGUGGUUACUCCUGCACAGAAUCAUGUGCGAGUGGUGAGCGGUCGGGCCCCGUCCUGCUUGCUGGUGGAGGGGGCCACGAAACGGUGAGGAGUGUUGCGGGUAAUUACAUGUGGAAGUCACCUACUUCUCAACACCGGCGGCAACCGUUAGAGGGAAGCCCCACACAAAUGUCGGGGUUGACAUGUGGGGAUGGGGGCGGGAGGGCUACAGCCCAGACACCAAGCAGUGCAAGCCCGUGGAGUCACGCGCGGGCACCAGGCCACGCCCGACAUUUGCCACUCCACCCUCCGAUGUAUGAGCAACAUGGAGCACUGGAGGAUCUCUUUGAUGAGGGGGGUGCCGACAUCCCAUUUGAACCGCAAGUUUACGGGAAUAUCGUUUCAUUUGUCUGUGCUGUUUCUCCCAUCCUUUUAGCCACCCGCCUUGUCGAGUCGCCUACUGCAUCACCAAAAAGUGCAACACCCGGCAAUGAGGAACGCACGCCAUCUCGAGGAGGUCACCCUCCAACGUUUGUUGAACCCUUAAUCCCUCUGCGUUGUAUAUGGGAGUCGCUGGACAUGCCAUUUGCCUGCGCGGUUCGGCUAGCGCAACCGGUUCCCCUCACGCCGAUGCGAUUUCCGCAGGAAACCGUGGUGUAUAGUCCGUUUCUUAGUGGUUUUCGGCUUCGUUUUCUUGAAUCGUCCGCUACCUACGCGGAACUGAAGGCUAUGCAGUCGAGAUCGGGGGACGAUUCCUGUAACGCCUUCCAACGACGGCCAGCUAGCGGCCGCACUUCACCGACGUGCGUCUGCACCGGGGAAAGUGGCCAAGGGGAUACUGACCAUGAGCCCCCGCUUGCGUGCACCUACCCUGCUAUAACAAAAUCGGCAACUGGUAAGGAUUGUGCCACACCUAGGGGAUCAGUAGAAACAGCUUCGACGGUACGUGACGGAUCAGAAGAGAUGGAUGAUAGCUCCGGUGUGGGGUGGCUCACGUGGGGUGCCGCGGAACGCCCUGACCAACGAAGCCUUGUGUUAGAGCAAGUGCGUGAUCUUGCCGCGCAGGAUCCACGCUAUUCCGUACUUCUUACUGCUAACGUCACAGAACUUGAUUACCAGUCAUGGAUUGCUGUGCUCUGGAGGCCUGUGUUCGAUCAAAACCACUGUGCCAAGCACAAUUGCGGCAGUUUCAUUGUUUAUUAUGCACCGCGGCCGCCACGUCAUGAGAUCGCGCCGUUAUCACAGUCUUCGAGUGCUCUUGAAUGCAUGAACAAGAGCUGGAUGAGUCCCGUUUUUCGUGCUGACCGAGCAGCCUUACGGUGGGAUAUGUGGGCCCCGUCACGGCGGGAAGUGUCAGUGGCAGAGCAAACAACAGCACAGACACCGAAAUCAGCGUCUCCAGGUUGCACCGCACCCCUUUCGCCAGCCUUAUCACCCUCCGUAGCCGCUGGUGGUAUUGCUGCGGGGGGUUCGGCCGUCGUCUCAAAUUUCGAGAAGCCUGUGGAUUUGAAUGGCAGCAGCGCGGAUGCAGCGGCUGCCCGUGAAGCCUCCAUUACAAGUGGUGUGGCUCACGAGACGACACAUACAAGUCCAUCGCUCUCCUUUGUGGAUUCAACCACCAACACUGCUUCCCUCGGUUCCCACUGCGGUCCAACUUUACAAUCUGCGGAUCAACCAUUCUACGCACGUAUUCCAGUUGUUGGUAUCAUCCCUAAUCGAUGUCGUGCUGAUGUUUGGUUUAUGCCGUGCUUUAGGGACGGUGUACCUGACCCUGGACACCGCAGGGAUAUAGGUGCUACCGGUGUUCCUCCUUGCGGGUAUUAUUGCGCUCCAUUGUUUUUGCUUACCGCAGCCCUGCAGCUUAUGUCAUGGAAUGCUGUGGAGGAGUACGAGCGGCAACUUGCCAAAAAGGUUGCCCUGCACGGUGGUGGUGGUGGUGACUCUUCUGGCUUGGGAACGGAAGGCAGUGCGUCUGCCUCUGUGAAUGGAGGCGGGCCCCCAUCGGGUAACGCUGUUGCGGCGGGAGUUUCCUCAUUUCGUGCCGCGCAGGAUGAAAAACCAUCGGGUGUCAAAUUGUUGAUUGAUGCGGCGAAAUAUUACCGACAGUACCGCGAGAGCGCACACACUGACGCGCAAGCGGGCACACCAACGCCGAAAUUGAACUUGUCAGGGCAGGAAGCAGGCGAAGUUAAUGGCCGGUGCCGCACAAUAUCCCCUUCGGUAGCAUCUAACAUAUCUUCCACGCCAUUCACUGAACCUGGUGCCGUUGUUGGUGGAUUACCAGACUUUUACCAGUGGGCGCAGUUCGAUGGUCCCUUGUUGAAGUUUGCUGAGCGCUACGUAUGA